AUGGAAAUUAUUCUAUUACAUGAAAGUAUUAAUUUACAUUAUCCAUCGAAUAUUAAUGAUGAAUCUGAAAAAUUAUUACAACCUAUUUUUGAUUAUGUUCAGGAACCACUUGUAUCUUUAGAAGAAGAAUAUAAACCAUUGAUCAAUACAGUUCCUCAUAUAUCAUCUUAUAUUUGGAUAGAAAAACAAAACUCAAUAGAUCUCGCUGAUAGUCUUAUUCAAGAUAAAUUACGAUAUAGUCCUUAUACAUAUUUCAAUCGAAUAAAACUAGCUCAAUGGUUUCUAUAUCUGAAACUAUUUUUUAUACAUUUUGUUACAUUUCGUCAAUGCUAUUUUGAAAAGGAUUUUAUGUCUGAUAUUGAUCUUAAUAUAUACAAACAACCUUGGUAUGAAAAGAAAAGAUGGUAUUUUGGUGCAAUCUUUACUGUAUGGAUUAUUGCCAUGAUUAUUCUUUUAUUAGUAAUAUUAAAUAUUCGUCAUAUAGAUGAAACAUAA